AUGGCUUUGAGAGGAUUGCAGUUAUUUAAGGGUCUGUCUAGAUGCGCAAGCAGAAGCCCUGCGAUUCUCCAGCAAUAUGUAAACCUGCCGGUAUCAUCACGGCUCUAUUGUUCAGGUACUGAUCUUCAAUAUAUAAAAAUUGAAAAGGCAGGUGCGGCCAAUAAUGUUGGUGUCAUCACUUUGAACCGACCGAAGGCACUCAAUGCACUCUGCGAUGGUCUGAUGAAAGAACUGAAAAAGGCUGUUGAUGAUUUUGACGCUGAUUCUGAAGUUGGAUGCAUUAUUCUCACCGGAAAGGGAAAGGCUUUUGCUGCUGGGGCUGAUAUUAAAGAAAUGAAGGAUCAGCAAUUUUCACAAGUGUUUUCUGACAACUUCCUUCAUCAUUGGGACGGCAUAACAGAAACCAAAAAACCCAUCAUUGCUGCAGUUAAUGGAUAUGCUCUUGGAGGAGGUUGUGAACUUGCUAUGAUGUGUGAUAUCAUCUAUGCCUCUGAUAAGGCACAAUUUGGACAGCCAGAAAUUCUACUUGGCACCAUUCCUGGUGCUGGAGGUACCCAGCGUCUGACAAGAGCUGUUGGAAAAUCCAAAGCAAUGGAAAUUAUUCUUACAGGUAACAGAAUUACAGCAGAUGAAGCAGAAAAGGCUGGUUUGGUGAGUAAAGUAAUACCAAAUGAGGAAUUAAUGAAUGCUACAAUAAAGACAGCAGAAAAGAUAGCCAGUCAAUCAAAACUGACAACUGCCAUAUGUAAAGAAGCAGUUAAUGCAGCAUUUGAAAUGACUUUAGCUCAAGGUUGCCAUUUUGAAAAACGAUUAUUUCAUUCCACAUUUGGAACUAAUGACCGUAAGGAAGGAAUGACAGCUUUUGUGGAAAAGAGACCAGCCAAAUUCACUGACAGUUAA